CUGCCAAUUAUGGAAGAUAGAAAGGAGUCUGAACUGAAGAAUUUUUGUUCCAGAAAUAUACUGAUCAUCCUUGGCUUCUCCUCUAUCAUGGCUGUGAUUGCCUUGAUUGCUGUGGGGCUGACCCAGAACAAACCAUUGCCAGAAAAUGUUAAGUACGGGAUUGUGCUCGACGCAGGCUCUUCUCACACAAGUUUGUACAUCUAUAAGUGGCCAGCAGAAAAGGAGAAUGACACAGGGGUGGUGCAUCAGAUAACAGAGUGCAAGCUGAGAGGUCCUGGAAUCUCAAGAUAUGCUCAAAAAUUAAGCGAAAUAGACAUUUAUCUGACUGCAUGCAUGAUAAGAGCCACUCAAGUGGUUCCAAAGUCCCAGCACCAAGAGACCCCUGUUUACCUGGGAGCUACGGCAGGCAUGCGCUUGCUCAGGAUAGAAAAUGAACAGUUGGCAGACAAGGUCCUGGCUGCGGUGGCGAGGAGCCUCAGCAAUUACCACUUUGAUUUCCAGGGUGCCAGAAUCAUCACCGGCCAAGAGGAGGGCGCCUACGGCUGGAUUACUAUCAACUAUCUGCUGGGCAAAUUCACGCAGAAAGUGAGUUGGCUCAACCUGAAGCCAAAUGAAGACAGUGAUCUUGAAACCUACGGGGCUUUAGACCUUGGGGGAGCCUCUACACAAAUCACUUUUGUGCCCCCAAACAAGAAGAUCGAGUCUCCAAGCAACACUCUGCACUUCCGCCUUUAUGGCAGGGACUACAGCGUGUACACGCACAGCUUCUUGUGCUAUGGGAAGGAUCAAGCCCUCAGGCAGAAACUGGCCAAGGACAUUCAGCAGUUUCAAAUUCAGGGCACUGGAAACUAUCAACAAUGCCGGCAAAGCAUUCUUCAACUCUUCAACACCAGUUACUGCCCUUACUCUCACUGUUCCUUCAAUGGGAUUUUCUUGCCACCAGUUCACGGGGAUUUUGGGGCAUUUUCAGCUUAUUACUAUGUGAUGGAAUUUUUAAACUUUACAUCAGAGGAAACCCGCUCGCAGGAAGAGAUGACGGAGACUAUGGAAAAGUUCUGCUCUCAGCCUUGGGAGGAGCUGAAGACCUAUUUUGGUGACGUGAAGGAGAAGUACCUGAGUGAAUACUGCUUUUCCGGAGCCUACAUCCUAUCUCUCCUUCUGAGUGGCUAUCAUUUCACAGCUGAGUCCUGGAAGAAUAUUCAUUUCAUGGGCAAGAUCCAGAGCAGCAAUGUCGGGUGGACUCUGGGCUACAUGCUGAACCUGACCAACAUGAUCCCAGCUGAGCAGCCGUUGCCCACACCUCUCUCCCACUCCACCUAUGUCUUCCUCAUGGUCCUCUUCUCCCUGAUCCUGGUUGCAGUGGCCAUUGUUGGUGUCUUUAUCUUUCACAAGCCUUCAUAUUUCUGGAAAGACAUGGUAUAGCAGGAGCAGCUGAAAUCUGCUGGCUAGAGUGAGAAAAAAACUUGCCCAGGGAGCACUUUCCUCCACAGUGGUGUACAAGAUCAUCCUUCCUUGCUCACCAAGGCCAGUCUUGACCAGCAUGAAGCUUCCUUGGCUUUUGCUGAAGCCUUUCCAUGGAAGGUAUUCACCACCUUCUGCCUCAAGGACUACCCGGAAGACAUCGUCUCUUUUGUGAGUCCUUCCCAACUCCCCUUUUCUCUUUUGUACUCUGUGCUUGUGUAGGUCUUAAAGACCUGUUACCUUUCAUGAUCUCUGCUUUAUAAAAAAACAAUCAUGACUUUGUCCCGAAGAACUCAGAGUCCUGAGUCCUGCACUGGCAAGUUGUGCUGGCUAAAAGAAGAUCUCAGGAACUGGUUCAGUUGUACUUAUACAGACCCUUUCUUUCUCCUUUUGCCCAUUUAUUAAGAAUGCCAUACAAUGCCUUUGGAGAGGGCAGACACACAUCUCAUUCCCAUCCUGCUGUUUGCACAGGACAAUUUUCUA